AUGGCUCCUGUACACGAUUUGUUUGAGAAUGGUGGUGGUAAUGGUGGUGCUGGUAAUGUGAACAACCAGGUAAAUACUGAAUGUAUUGAUAAAGCAUAUCCUGGUAUUGAUAAGAAUGAAUUAACAAGAUUAAUUAUUCAAUCAUUAAGUGAUUUAGGUUAUAAUAGAUCAUCUCAAUUAUUAAAAACUGAAAGUGGAUUAGAAUUAGAUUCUCCAAUUAUAAAUAAUUUCAUUGCUUAUAUUAAGAAUGGUGAAUUUAACCAGGCUGAAAUGCUAAUUGAUAAUCUGAAUUUAAUCGAUUCAUCAUUAGAAGUUAAAACUAAGAUACAAUUCUUAAUAAAAAGACAAAGGUUCCUAGAACAUUUAUAUAAUGAUGAAAAUACAACAAUACCUUUAAGAAUCUUGAGAAAUGAAAUGAAUUCAUUAUCUUCAACUCAGGAUAUAAGAUCAUUAACUGCAUUAUUAAUGAAUAAACAAUCUGAACAUUUACAAUUAUCAAAUGGUUGGUUGAAAAAUAUUGAAAAUUCAAGAGAAUUUUUAUUAAAUGAAAUUUCAAAAUUUAUAAACCCAAAUGAAAUGAUUCCAAAAUAUAGAUUAUUUGAAUUAUUAAAACAAUCUAUUGAAUAUCAAAAAUCAAUGAAUCUUUAUCAAUUCAAUAAUAAUGAUAGAAAAAUUUCUCUUUAUGAAGAUUUAAAAUCUGAUAAAACUUUGUUUCCUGAUAGUAUAGUUAAAACUUUAACUGAUCAUAAAAAUGAAGUUUGGUAUGUUCAAUUUAGUCAUGAUGGUUCCAAACUUGUUUCCACCUCGGCAGAUCACCAUGUUAAUGUUUAUGAUGUUGAACAAGAUUUUAAAAAAAAAUUCACAUUAAAAGGUCAUGAAAAACAAGUUUUAUAUGCAAGUUUUAGUCAUGAUGAUAAAAAAUUAUUAACUUGUAGUAUUGAACCAAAAGCAAGGAUUUGGAAUUUAGAAACUGGGGAAUUAGAAAGAAUCAUUACAUUAUCAAGUGAAUCAAGAAUUUGGUGUGGUGAUUGGUAUCCAAAUGGUGAAUGUUUUGUCCUUGGGUCUCCAGAUAAAGAAGUUGUUUUAUAUAAUGCUCAUACUGGUGAACAAUUAUAUAAAUGGGGUGAUAGUACAAAUGGACCAAUUAUAAAUGAUUUAAAAAUUUCUCAAGAUUAUAAAUUAAUUGCAGCAACUUAUGAUAAUAAUAUAGAAGUUUGGGAUUUAGAUUCAAAAUCUAAAUUAACAACAUUAGAUAUUGGAGAAAAAAUUACAAGUUUAACCAUAUCCAACAAAAAUCCAAAUCAUCUAUUAAUAAAUGUAAGUCCAAAUGAAUUACAAAUUUGGAAUUGGUGUAAAAACCUAUUAUUAACAAAAUUUGUUGGUCAUAGACAAGAAAAUUAUAUUAUAAGAUCAUGUUUUGGUUUCAAUGAAGAUGUUGUUUGUUCAGGUAGUGAAGAUGGCCGAGUCUUUAUUUGGAAUAAAGAAUUUGGUGCCCUGUUAGGUGCUUUUGAUGCUCAUAAUGGGAAUGCAAAUUGUGUUGCAUGGAACCCCAAAUAUAAAUCAAUGUUUGCUACAUGUGGUGAUGAUUUUUUGAUUAGAAUUUGGGGGCCUUCAAGGUCAAAGAAGAAUGUUUAA